GACGAUACUCUCAUCAGUUUCAUUACAAUCAUUCUCAUUCAGACCUUCGUAAAAAUAUGAUUUCAAAAGAAAAUCAGUAUUUUAGCCUAAACAAAAUUCUACUGCUCAUAAUCGGCUCAUGGCCCUAUCAACAAUCUAAUUUCGCUAAAUUUCAGCAUAUUGUCAUCUGUGCAAUAAUGAUAUCAAGUAUUGUAUUUCAGGUAAGAAAAUGCUAAAGUAAUACAGUAUGUUGUUAUAAGCUAUCAAACGUCAAAUUAUCACUAUGUACUUAUCUUUGUUACAAUAUAAUAAAUAUAAAUAGUAUUUAUAUUAAGUAUAUUGUAACUGUUGUUGUUAGAUAAAUUUAUGAGUAAUAUUGAAUAAAACGGUCUGUUAGCAGCUAACUACAUUUCUAGCGUCAAAUUGUACUUUGGAAGUCACCGUAACGGUUUUAGCUGACACAUCUUAUUUCAGUAUUUUUAUAAUACAAUAUAUAGUGUUUCAUUUUAAUAUUGAAGGUGUAAGUUGAUCGCUUACAAAGUAUUCUAUGGGAUAAUAAUCUUCAAGUAACAAUUUUUUAAGUAUAUACAUGUAUAUGCAUGUACAUAAGUCUACGAGUGCAUUUGCGUUGCAUGCACACACACACACACACACACGCGCGCGCGCGCACACACACACACACGCGCGCGCACGCGCGCACACACACGCGCGCGCACACACACACACACACACACACACACGUACACAUACGUACAUACACGUACACUUUGAUGUUUAUAUACAAAAGUUAUUGGAAUGACAGGUGAAGGAUUUACUGCUGCAACUUCAGCAUGUACACAAUGAAUUAAAAAAUAGGAAUGAAAUCGCUAUUAUAAAAAAAUAUGACAGCAUUGCAAAUCGUUAUGCAACUGUACUUACAGCUAUUGGAAUUUGUGGAAUAUUUUCAAGUAUAAUAAGUCAAUUUUUAAUGAAUGUGGUGAAUGUUGAUUCAUCGACAAACUCAUCUCGACAUUUUUUUCUAUUAUCAAUGGAAUAUUUCAUCGAUCAAGAAAAGCAUUUUUAUUUGAUUUUGUUGCACAUCAACAUAAUUGUAACCAUUAGUACGACUGCAAUGGUAGCAAAUGGUACAAUGUUAAUUGCGUAUAUUCAACAUAUUUGUGGGUUAUUUAGAAUUGCUAGUUAUCGUAUAAAAUGUGCAAUAAAUAUCAACAUUCUACAUAAUGUCACGCCAAAAAAUAAAAUCUGGAUGAUCAAGCAUAUAAGUUAUGCUGUAGACAUUCAUCGGCAAGCUAUGAAAUUGAUGAAACAGUUAAUGACAAUAUUGAACAAAAUGAUGUUUUGUCUAAUAGUAGUUGGCGUAGCUUCCUUGAGCCUCAAUUUGUAUCAUAUGGUACUGUUAAAAACUAGUUUUGAGACUCUUCUAACACCAAGCGUACAUACGUUUGUGUCUGUCCUAUAUAUGUUUUUAGCUAAUCAUAUGGGGCAGAUUAUAAUUGAUCACAAUAAUCAUGUAUUUACUACUGCGUACAACGUAGAAUGGUAUAAAACUCCCGUACGAGUACAAAAAAUGAUACUGUUCGUAUUACAAAGACGAUCAAAGCCGUUUACUCUAAAUGUCGGUGGACUAUUUGUUGCAUCUAUGGAGGGUUUCGCCACGCUAGUAAAAUCCUCAGUAUCUUACUUUACUGUCAUACAUUCAGUACAGUGACAAACUGAAUUUGAAUUUAUUGAAUUACCAUCAGUGAAGGAACAGUUAAGCGGUUUAUGUUUGUACAGAAAAGUUUAUUUUUGUAGAAGCCCGUAGUCAGAUAUUUUGCGAUUAAGAAAAAAUGUACAAGGUUAAAAUUAUUUAAAUUAUUUAAAAUGUUAAUACAAACCGGUUCAUGUACUUUAUAUAAUAUAAUAAAUAUAAACAAUAUAAAAUA